AUGUCUGUUAAAAUUGCCAUCAUCGGCGCAGGGCCAGCUGGCUGCAUGCUCGCACGCCUACUCCUCGACAAACCCAACAUAAACAUAACAGUUUUCGAAGGCGAGCCAUCGAUCAAUUUCCGUGCGCAAGGUGGCUCCCUUGACCUCCACGAGCGAGCAGGUCUCGCAGCUCUCAAGGCAGCCAACCUGUAUGAAGAAUUCCUGAAACACGCCCGCUUCGAAGGCGAGGCUCUUCUAGUAUGCGACGAGAAACUCAAGCCAUACAUCAAAAUCCCACCACAAGCCGAGAAUAAGAGUACUGGGCGUCCAGAAAUUGAUCGCUCUGCGCUUCGAAAAAUGCUGCUAGAGUCCCUACCAUCAGGGGUAGUGCAGUGGAACCGUCGGUUACGUCGCGUCGGCCCGGGCGAAAACCAAAAACAAGAUCUUGAAUUUAUGGAUGGAAAGAUUGAGCCCGGGUUUGAUCUUGUUGUCGGGGCAGACGGCACAUGGAGUAAGGUCCGCCCUGCACUAUCGGACACCCAGCCUGAGUAUGCGGGGAUUGGAGGAUUCUCUCUCGGCAUCCCGAACGCAGCGCAGACCGCUCCAGAGUGCUCUGUACUACUUAAAGGUGGAUCUGUGUUCGCUUACUCCACUGGAUGUAUGUUGGUAGGGCAGCAGCAAGGGGACGGGAGUAUCGACGUGGGCGUAUGGCGUGCCCGACCGGAAGGGUGGGAAGAGACAGUCGACUAUGAUUUGAAAGAUGGCGCGGCAGUACGACAAGCACAAAAGCAAGAAUUCGCCGUCUACGCGCCCGAACUACUAGAGCUUAUUGAGAAGGCUGUUGACGAGCCCCAUAUGGCGGCUCGAUCCUAUUAUUCGCUCCCGGUCGGGUUUCAUUGGGACCACAAGCCUGGUCUCACGCUGAUAGGCGAUUCAGCGCAUGUCAUAUGCCCCUUCACCGGCGAGGGUGUUAACCAGGCUCUCACCGAUUCAAUGCUUCUAUCCCAAGCCAUCCUUAAGGCCAAGAGCGCGGCGGAUCUUGAUCGUCAGAUUCGUGUAUAUGAACGAGAUCUCUUUUCUCGUGCAGCGGUUUUCCAGGAGCGAGCAGCCUUGGUCGCUAAAACCAUGUUUUUCACUGAAGGUUCACCAGCCUCCACUAUCGAAAUCUAUACCAUGCAGAACUUGAAGAACUAUCUCUCACCCACGGGAUACUUCUUACUGUAUCCUGUGCUCGCGACUGCGGUAUAUGGCUUCUUUUUUUGGCAAAAGCGAUUUCGGCACUGA